AUGCCAUCGACACCAAAGAGCACUGAAGACGUCCAGGUCGCUGCCUCCAACCAGACCCUAAAUGCCUUCCUAGGCGGGCGCAGGCCGUCCUGGUAUCAGAAUACCAAGAGCACGACUGGUCUGAAGCCAAGGAAAUCUACAGUCCGCCCAGUUGCUCAAUCGAAAGCAGCCGAGAAGCGUGUGCGCAAAACCCCUGUUACGGAGAACGGGGACGGGGUCAAGGACGUGGCCCCAGAUAACCAGAUAGCUUCGCAAAAACACGAUCAGCAACUGGCCACGGCUGCACCAAGAGACGGCUCACUGCUUCCUUCGCCGGCUCUGACAAACGAACUUAGCCCGGCCCUUUCAACUCGCCAUGCGAGCCCAAGCGAACAGACGGGUAGCGAAUCAUUCCGGACUGAGGAUCGUAAUACAGAAGCCGAACUGCGCGCACUCCAACAAUCGCCUGCCGCGAGCCACCCAUCACCCGCCACGACGGAAACUCCUCAACCCGUUGAUGUUGGCAUGGUUCACAUUGAGCAUGGCCCAAAGCCCCGGCCGACCCAAGCGACUUCGGAGCCAGCUUCCUCUCAAGCCGGUUCGCCCACGGCACAGAGCGCUGCUCCUGCUCCCGUUUCGACUGCGUCGCCCAAACCCCAAACACCGACAACACCGCUCUCCGGCCCGACUAGCUCCGUUGCUCCAAGAACGACAAUUGUUAGGCCGUCCUCGACCAGGAAAAGAAGCAGACCCUCUUCCACCUCUGCCGACAAUCGAGCGCCCCAGCGGCCUCGCACAGGCAUGCCGCAUGAACAAGGAGCACCUACAGACCUCGCUGGGCAGUGGCAGCAGUAUUGCCAGCAUCUUGAUGACAGAAUCGGCGCUUGUGGUGGGUGGGCCAAUCUGGGAAGUGGGAUUGAGUCACCCAGGUUCAAGUAUCUCAGAGAUGCUCUCCUAGCCGGUGAUGGCUUUUAUGUGCUCCUCCACCAGUUGCUGUGUCUUUGGUCUCUGGACGCCAAUAGGGCGUAUGGAGCAUUCCCAACACUGGGCCGGGCUACGGUUGAUCACGGAUUCGGCUUUCUCAUGAACAUUCUUCGCCCCAAUUCACUCCUUGCUUACAAUUCCUUGAUAUGGUUUGCAGACUUCCCCAAACCCGUGUCUGGGGAUGGCAUGCUUGCAAUUCCUUCGUUGGCACCUCGUAUUGGUACUUUCCUGACUGCAUUUGUCCUACGCUGGGACCGAAUGCUUGCUCAGGCAAGGACACGGAAGUAUCCAUUGACAGCCUUCGAGCUGGGGCCAACUCUGAACUGCGAUUCGAGAAUCUUGCAAGGAACUUUCUUCACAGUUAGUCGGAGGGUUGUUGGUAUUGGGGAUUCCGUUGCUGGGCAGCUGAACGCUGUCUUUUGCAAAGACCAGGAAGAUGAAGCUCACCUCAAGGAAAUCGGGGCUCCAGCAGAUCUUGUUCAAAAGUAUCGACAAGAGCGAGUUCGCCAGUACUCAGACCUUGCUCGGGAGGCUAAGCAAGCAGGUGCCUUUAGAUACGAGUCGUUCACCAAGCGUGUCUUCCUCGGCACAACCACAGCGAGCGCAGACGUUCCCAACUGCAUCGGCGCCGCCAACCCCAACUUCUGGUUCCCCAGAUCAACCAGGGCAGAUGCUUCCCAGUCAACUCAUUCCACCCAACGUUGCUAUGCCUAUUCCUUCUCUUCCCAGAUCUAA